CUGUACGCGGCCAACAAGAACAGCGUGGCCUCCAUCCACAAACUGCUGAGUUGUCCGUCCACUAAUGUCUUCGAGAGAGGGGCUCUCGGCGAAACGGCGCUGCACGUCGCCGUCAUGGCCGACAACCUGGAGGCCGCCGUGGCUCUGAUGGACGCAGCUCCCGAACUCAUCAACGAGCCGAUGACCGCCGAGAUCUUCCAAGGUGUCACUCCUCUCCACAUCGCCGUGGUGACGCAGAACAUCAGCCUGGUUCGUCAUUUGAUUGAUCGCGGUGCUGACGUGGCUACACCGCGAGUCACCGGUCUGUUCUUCAGGAAGAGUUUACGAGGACUCAUAUACUACGGUGAGCACAUCCUGUCUUUUGCUGCGUGUGUUGGGAACAAGGACAUUAUCUCCAUGUUGAUCGACGCAGGAGCCAGCACCAGGGUCCAGGAUGAGCGUGGUAACACAGUGCUUCACAUUUUGGUCCUGCAGCCCAACAGGACGAUUGCAUGUCAGGCUCUUGACCUGAUUAUGGCACGCGAUGCCGAGCUGGACCAGCCGGUGCCAAUCGAUAUGAUGCCCAACAACCGAGGCCUUACAACUUUUAAACUAGCUGCCAAAAAGGGAAACACUGUGGUGUUUCAGCACCUGGUCAAUAAAAGGCGUGUGGUCCAGUGGAAUAUGGGCCCCCUGACCUCCAUGCUGUACGACCUGACGGAGAUAGACUCAUGGGCCGACAGCAUGUCAGUGCUGGAGCUCAUCGUGGUCUCUCCCCUGAGAGAGCCAAGAAGGAUACUGGAGCUGACUCCUGUGAGGCAGCUGGUCAACCUGAAGUGGAACCUGUAUGGAAAACAUUACUUCAGGGUCCUGCUGUUUGUCUACCUCCUGUACAUGUUGAUCUUCACAAUGUGUUGUGUAUUUCGCCCUAUUAUGGACAUUCCAGUGAGCAACAAUACCCAAGACAAAACCGUCAUGAUCCAGAAACCACUUAAUGAGAGUUACGUGACACAUGCGGACCACUUGCGGCUGGUGGGGGAGAUAAUCAGCGUCCUGGGAGCUGUUGUCAUCCUGUUGCUGGAGAUCCCUGACAUGCUGAGAGUGGGGGCAAAGCACUAUUUUGGCCAGACAGCACUGGGAGGCCCCUUCCACGUUAUCUUCAUCAGCUACGCAUGCCUGGUGGUAAUACUCUGUGUGUUCAGAGUCUGCUCGGUGCAGGCGGAGAAGGAGGUGAUGGCGCUGUGUUUAGUUCUCUGCUGGACCAACGUCCUGUACUUCGCUCGAGGUUUCGAAAUGCUCGGCCCCUAUGUCAUCAUGAUACAGAAGGUUAUGUUUGGAGACCUGUUGAAGUUCAUGUUUCUAAUGUUCAUUGUGGACAUUGGGUUUCGGAAACUCUCUGUGGAUGGUGUAUAUGACCCAGGCGUUUGGCACCCUUAAUGAAUAUAGCCACUACUUCAGCACCCUCUGGGCCGAGUGGGAGAUCAACUUGACCCUCGUAAACAUGCCGGAGAACCCUACCUACAUCACCCCCUUCAUCGUCUACGUGGUGCAGGUCUCCUAUACUAUCUUCGCCUACAUGUGUCUGUUGACUCUAAUGAAAGCCAUGCUGGUUGCAGCG